AUGGAGGAAUUCGUCAUCAUCUCCGGUAACCUUGGAGUGCAAAUCAUGUUUGGCGUCUACACGGUGCUCUUGAACGGCGUCUUCGCCGCCGGCGUCAACCCGCUGUUCCUCACCAUCUUGGGAAACUUCGUCACCGGUGUCAUCCUCUUCCCCUUCGCCGUAGUUUGCGACAAGGCAACCUUAUGUCAAGCUCUUAACUUGGUGGGCAUCAAGAAAGCUUCUCCGGAUGUUGCCUCUGCAAUGCCUAACCUGACUCCUGGCCUCAUCUUCAUCAUUGCAGCAUGCCUCAGGUUUGAGAAGUUUGUUGCAAGUUGCUGGUACAGUAGAGCCAAGGUCAUGGGAACCUUGGUGUGCUUGACUGGGACCAUGGCAAUGUGCUUCUUGCAGAGCCCAUCUGAGUCACCAAGUUCAACCAUUAAUCUGUCAGCUGCCUUGGCCAAGCCCUUGACAUUGGAUAAAGCCAUCUACAAUGACUGGAUAGUAGGCUGCUUGUGUCUUUUAGCAGGGGCUAUCAGCCAGUCUUGCACCACUGUUUUGCAGGCUGCAACAACGCUUGAAUUCCCAGCACCAACAUCUUUGGUUGUGAUAACUUCUUUGAUGGGCUCCCUUCUCACUGCACUGCUGCAAUUCCUGACUGAAGGAAAGAUCAAUGCUGGUUCUUCUACCCUAAGCAUCGCAAGCAUUGCUGGAGUUGCCAGUCUGAGUGGAGUAGUGGCGGCCGUAGGCAUUACAUUUCAGACAUGGUGUAUCAUCAAGAAGGGUCCAGUUCUUGUUGCCAUCUUCAGCCCCAUCCAAACGGUCACCACUGUUGUUCUUUCAGCCAUUCUCUUAAGACAGAUCAUUACCCUUGGAAGUCUAGCAGGAAUGGUCCUCAUGUUUGCAGGACUCUACAUUGUCUUGUGGGCAAAGAAGAAUGAACAUUGUAGUCUGUUCGAUGCCGAUGGCGACGAAAACCUGCCGUUGCUGCUGUCUUAGAUGUGCUCUGUGAAGCCAAUUCUGCAGCAAGUAGA